GGGGGAGGGGGGGGACGAGGCACUGGAAGGGAUCUUCUGAGCAGAAGGAUCAGGGGCUCAGAGCGCCAGGGACCCUGCCAAGAGCCGGGCCGCAGCAAAACCCUUUGUCUGGAGCCGGCAAGCUGGAGUUGGAAAUGGAGUCGCGUAUGUCCGGGGCCGCGGCUGUUGGACAGCGCCUCCUCCAGGCUGAGCCCUCAGAGAAGAACCGGCUUCCGGUGGUUUCGGGCAGCCGAGGGGGAAGAGCGCUGCGCUGGUUCACCACCAUGGUGCUGAACGCCGCCUUCCUGGGGAUGGGAGUGAGCGUGGCCGUGUUGGGCCCCACCUUUCCCGACCUGGCAAGGAACGUGAACCGGAACCUCAGCAGCCUCUCCGAGGUGUUCGUGGGCCGCGCCCUCGGCUACAUGGGCGGCUCGGUGGUCGGCGGGGUGCUUUUCGACUGCAUGAAUCAUUUUCUGCUUUUGGGGAUGUCAAACCUGUUCAUCUCGGCUGGUCUUUACCUCACUCCUUUAUGUAAGACAGCAGCCUCCCUGACGGCCAUGAUGUCUGUGACUGGUGUCUCCUUUGGCAUUCUGGAUGCAGGUGGGAACGUCCUCAUCCUGGAUCUUUGGGGGGACAAAGGAGCCCCCCACAUGCAAGCCUUGCACUUCAGUUUCGCCUUGGGUGCCUUUCUGGCGCCCCUGCUGGCUAAACUGGCCUGGGGUACAGCAGCAUCUGCUCAGAACCACACUGAGUCCGACUCUGACCCUCUAAUGCUGAACCAAUCCUCCGAAGCAGCCUCAGACUCUGUGUUUGCGGUACCCGAUGACCUGACUCUCCUGUGGACAUAUGCUUCCAUCGGCACCUAUAUUUUAGUUGUUUCUGUCUUUCUCUUUGCUCCAUUCUUUAAGAAAAGUUCAAAGCAAGAAAAAGCCACGGCAUCUGCUCAGGUAGCUCGAAGGGCCAAAAAUCACUGGGCCCUGCUCUGCCUCCUCUUCCUCUUCUUCUUCUUUUACGUGGGAGCUGAGGUGACUUACAGCUCUUUUAUAUUCUCCUUUGCCACCACCCAUGUUGGCAUGGAAGAAAGCGAGGCAGCUGGCUUGAACUCCAUCUUCUGGGGCACCUUUGCAGCCUGCAGGGGCCUGGCCAUCUUCUUUGCAACACUCUUACAGCCUGGAACCAUGAUUGUGUUAUGCAACAUUGGCAGCCUGACUUCAUCUUUAUUUCUGGUGCUUUUUGACAAGAACCCUCUUUGCCUCUGGAUCGCAACAUCUGUGUAUGGAGCCUCAAUGGCAGCCACAUUUCCCAGCGGCAUUUCCUGGAUCGAGCAGUACACCACCUUAACUGGGAAAUCCGCAGCGUUUAUUCUGAUUGGUGCUGCCCUGGGAGUAAUGGCUACUCCUGCAUUAUCUGGAAUUCUUCACGGACACUAUCCAGAUCUACCAGUAAUCCUGUACACUUGCCUGGGGUCAGCAGUAUUCACAACCAUUUUAUUCCCCGUGAUGUAUAAAUUAGCCACCUUACCUCUGGCUCGCAAGCAGAAAAAAAGCAUCAACAGUGAGGGCCAGAAAUUUUUACUUUCGAGCUCUGGGCUACAGGGGAGGAAAUGAAAGGAUCAAGAAAAUACAAUUAAAUGGGAAAAGCAAAAGCAGGAACCAGGAGGCUUUGCUUCCUAGCUCUGAGUGGAAACAAGGAAGCUAAAUGAAGGGGAAGAUGGAAAGGUGUGUGUGUGUGUGUGUGUGUGUGUGGAUUUUGAAGUGGUUAAAAGGAAGAAUGAGGCAUUCUCUAAUAGAAAUAUAAUAGAUUUUUUUUUACUAUAUAGAACCCGUGGCUGAGGUAUCCAAGUAACUCUCCUGUAAUUCCCUGCAGCCUGUCCCCUCCGGUUGACAGUGAGGAUUCAGUUGCGAAGCACAGGGCACAGGGACUAACAGAGAAAAUGGGUUGGUGACUGAAUGACCUCACUGAAUAAUUCCUAAGGAGCUGGUCAGAGCUGAGCCUUCGAUUUUCUGCAUGUUUUGGGGAAUCAAACUCAAGCCCAUUUCCAGGCAGUGGUAAAAUGUUGGGAAAUGUUUGAUUCUCGGGGUCUCCCAUAAGCUGCCAGAUGAUCUUGUUCUGAUCCUUGUCUCUGGCAGGAAGCUGAUUAAAGGAAAUUUUAUGAUCUCCACCUUUCAGAGAGUUCACAGAGGAUUUAUGCUGGUGUUUUCAUUUUGUAACAGGGUGUUGCUGUGUAUCCCAGGCUGACCUCAAAUGUGCAGUCCUCCUGUCCCAGUCUCCUGACUGAAGAAGCAUCUGAGAAGCUGGGUGGUUCUCUAAUGCAGAGAGGCCACAGGGCGGGUUGUGUUUGCUGAGCAGUUAGCCAGUUUUCCAUAUUCUACCUAAGAGGCUAGGGGGUGCCAUUUUCUGAGUGUCCUAGGCAAUGGGGAGGAGUUUAUAGUCACGCCUUUCUUUACCUGCCUCCCAGCAAUCCUGAGACCCUCAGCACUGCUGUUAUUGAAGCUAGCUCCUCAACCCAUGAUUCUAGAAAGGAAAAGACGAGGAUUUUCAAAUUAAAACCCAGGACUUCCACAGUUCAUGUAAGACGUCUCUGAAAAAUCAAUGUAAUUGCCGGUCUAUGUACUUCAUUUUCAAGGAAGUAAAAAAACAAAUUAUGAAUAGCUUUAAGACUAUGCUAUUAAUUGUGAAUAUGGACCCAGCGAAUUUAAUGCUAUACUUCAGUUCUAGUCUUCUGAGAAACUUGAUUUUUAAAGCCACAUUUCAUCCAUUCUAACUAUAAAAUUGUGAUAGUCUUUAUAAUAAAUGAUUUGUUCAACAUGUGACAAAGGCUAAUCAACACUUCUGUCCAUCUUCUUCUAUAAAAUGAAGUUGAAUCUUCUAUUCAGCAAAGUGUCACAAUUCAUUGUACUGAGGAUUAUGAAGACACCUAGGUCAACAUUAUUUUUUCUAUUUUCUCUGGCAUUUAUUCAUUGUACAUAGCACUGGGUUUCAUAAAAGCAAGCCUCGAUAAGUUGUUCUUCAGUCCUUGGCCUACUUCAGAGAUGGGGUUUUUGUUUUAUUAUUUCUAGCUUUAAUUCUCACUGGUUUUGAGUAGUAGUUAUACCAAAGACUCUGUAAGCAUUUGACAAUUGUACUUUUAUUAUUUUUCUCAUGUUGUUGUGUGCACGCAUAUGUCUGCAUAUUCUCAUGUGUGCAGGUGCCGGGGAGAGUUUUCCUUGAUUGCUCCUCACCUUUUUCACUGAGGCAAGGCAUCUAAAUUGACAAGCUCUCUGACACUCCUAUCUGGAGAGUCACUGUGUGCUAGGGAUCCUGGUCUCUGCUCUCUGAGAGUGCUAGCCUUACAGGUAUGUCGGAAGAUCCUACUGUUGACAUCAGAGUCCACCGCGUCCUGAUAGCUCUGAGCUCAGCGCAAAAUGGCGGACUCCCUUUCUCAGGGGGGCUUCCUCUUCUCUGCCUUGUCUUGUCAGGAGAGCAUCUGUAGGUACAAAUGCCUGACCUUGCCUGAAGGAUGACCCUGCACAAAGCCUCCUGCAAGUGCUAGGUGACCUGGCAUAAGAGUCAUGCUCCUUCCCCCUGCCAGAAUGAUAAUUAGGUGCUAUGUUAUAACCAAUCAUAUCUUCCUGCCCAUAUGAUAAUUAGCCACUGUGUCAUGACCAAUCAGUCCUUCCCACCCGUAACUCUAAGAACCGUUAUGUGCCUCCCCUCUGAAACAAUAAAAUGAGUUGCCUCUCUGAA